UAAUAAGAGAGGUAAAAAUAUCAACUGGUUUUUAUAAACUAAAAUGAUAAAAAUAUUCGGUGGAAGUACUAUGAAUAUGUUAGCAGAUUUAUUUAAACCUACAUUAUACAGCGCUCGAAACCAUUCCCUUAUUUUCAAGUCCCUUUCUGUCGCUAAUGGCUACGGAGCGGUCGAUCGGAGCAAAAUUUUCGGACAAAAUGUACUUCAAGAAAAAUACAUUAGCUUAAGGUACAAAAGUGAUGCAAAGCCAUGCAUUCCAAAGACUGGAAAGAAGAUACCUCCUAUACCUAUUCAUGGUGGUAAAGCUUAUAAAGUGGGAGAAAAGAGACCAUACUCUCCGUUCCAUUUUCCAGGACAGUCAAAGGCGGAGUGGGUGGUGGCGCGGAUGGACGACAUCCUCAACUGGGGCCGUAGCCGCUCCAUGUGGCCGCUCACCUUCGGCCUCGCUUGCUGCGCGCUCGAGAUGAUGCACUAUGCAGCACCCAGGUACGACAUGGACCGUUUCGGUAUGGUGUUCCGGGGCACGCCACGGCAGACGGACGUCAUCAUCGUGGCGGGCACAGUCACCAACAAGAUGGCGCCCGUGUUCCGCAAGACGUACGACAUGAUGCCGGACCCCAAGUGGGUCGUGUCUAUGGGCAGCUGCGCCAACGGUGGCGGUUACUACCACUACACGUACUCGACAGUGCGAGGGGCCGACCGCAUUGUACCGGUGGACAUCUACGUGCCGGGCUGCCCGCCCUCAGCAGAGGCCCUGCUAUACGCCAUGCUGCAGCUACAGAAAAAGGUCAAGAGGAUGCGCGUCGUGCAGGCCUGGUAUCGACAUUAG